GCAUAGCCCACCACACGGCUUACAAAGUAAAUGCCCCCUUCAGUAAUCUAUCAGAUUGAUCGACUCAUCCAUCCAUCCAUGGCGGAGCGAGGCAACGAGAACCUUUCCUCCGCUUCUCGUCUCCUACUCCUCGUUCUCUUCUUUCUCUCCGCGGCGGAGGCGGAAGGAGCUGCCUUUACGGCUGCCGAGGCCGACGCAGCGAUCUCCCGCUUCCAGGAGUACCUCCGCAUCGACACCGCCCACCCGUCCCCGGAUUACGCCGCCGCAGCAGCCUUCCUUCGCUCUCAAGCCGAUUCCCUCUCCCUCAAGCACGAAACCCUAGAGUUCGUCGCCGGCAAGCCCCUCCUCCUCCUCAAGUGGCCCGGACGCCGCCCUUCCCUCCCCUCCCUGCUCCUCAACUCUCACACUGACGUCGUCCCCGCCGAGCCCCACAAGUGGGUCCACCCGCCCUUCUCCGCCGCCCUCGGGUCCGAGGGCAACAUCUACGCCCGCGGUUCGCAGGACAUGAAGUGCGUCGGGAUCCAAUACCUCGAGGCCAUCCGCCGCCUCAAGGCCGCCCGCUUUGUGCCCGAUCGGACCAUCUACAUCUCUUUCGUGCCCGACGAGGAGAUCGGUGGGACGGACGGCGUGGGGGCGUUGGUGGCUUCGGACACGUUUAAGCAAAUGAGGGUGGGAGUGGUGCUUGACGAGGGGCUGGCUUCGCCCCGGCCGGAGUAUAGGGUUUUCUAUGGCGAGAGAUGCCCGUGGUGGCUCGUGAUCCGAGCCCAAGGUGCGCCAGGGCACGGAGCGAAGCUUUACGAUGGGAGCGCAAUGGAGAAUGUGAUGAAGAGUGUGGAGGCGGUGAGGAGGUUCAGGGCGGCGCAGUUUGAUUUGGUGAAGACAGGGACGAAGGUGGAGGGGGAGGUGGUGUCAGUAAAUCUGGUGUACCUCAAGGCUGGAAUCCCAUCGCCCACUGGUUUUGUCAUGAAUCUUCAGCCAUCUGAAGCAGAGGUUGGUCUUGACGUCCGAGUCCCUCCUAACACUGAUCCCAAAGCAUUGGAGAAACGAAUUGCUGAGGAAUGGGCACCAUCAUCACGCAACAUGACAUAUGAGUUUAAGCAGAAGGUGUCUGUGUAUGACAUGUUUGGAAAGCCAGCCAUCACUGCUGCAGAUAGAUCUAACUCUUGGUGGAUACUGUUCGAAGAAGCUGUGAAGGAAGCCAAUGGUAAACUUAGCAAGCCAGAAAUUUUCCCAGCCUCAACUGAUGCGCGCUUUUUUCGAGAACUGGGAAUACCAGCAUUUGGUUUUUCACCGAUGGCAAACACUCCUAUAUUACUCCAUGACCAUAAUGAGUUCUUAAACAAAGAGGAGUAUUUGAAAGGGGUUACGAUAUACGAGUCUAUCAUCAAAGCAUUUGCUUCUUACAAGGAUGAGGUUGAAGAAUCCAAAGCAGAGUUGUAAGUAGUGUAAUGCAUUUUACCCCUCCCUCCCAUUAAUAAGAUUUGCGAAGAGCAGCAAACAAGAUGCUGAAAGACGGCAACGAGGAAUUCUGUUACAUCCAAUCACGAAAUGGAACUGGAUACCUAUGUGUUGUGAAGCCUCUAUGAGGUGAUUUUAAGAAUAUCAUGCGAAGCAUUUUAUUCAAAGACUCGCUUUGAUGUGCUCCGAAAAUGGUACUAUAUUGUAUUUUUCUGUAUCAGUCUUUUUCUGUAACCUAUGCGUGUGCUGAAGCCAUCAAAACAGAACUAGCUAGCUUCAAUAUUUUUUGUUUUUGUUUUUGUUUUGCAUAGUCGGCACAACUAAAAUUUCCUAA